GGCAGGGCGGGCGGCGGGCUCCGGCGGGGGCGCGCGCCGGCCAGCGGGGCGGGGGCGGCCGGAAGGCGUCGGGGUGAGGGGCUCUGGAGCCCGAGAACCCGCGUCCCCCGGGGCUGAUCCGCCGCGGGAGGGCGAGCGCGGUGCGCGACGGAGGUGGGGACUUCGAGGCCGCGGCCGGGAGCCCGGCUCCCCCGCCCCCGAGCCUGACGGGGUGGCGAGGCGGGAUGCGGCUCUGGCGCUGGGGGCGCCCGGCCGAGCCCCCGCGGCGGCCCUGGGCGGCCAGGCUCUAGGCGCAGCGGCGUCGGCAGCGGCGGGCGGAGGGCGUCCGGCCCGGCCCGCGGAGGGCAGACACGGAGCGGCGAGCGGGGCGCAGCGACGCCGCGGCGCGGCGGGGCCGCGGGGCUCGGAAGAUGAAGUCCUCAAUACAUUCUGAAGAGGAUGAUUUUGUUCCAGAACUACAUAGAAAUGUUCACCCUCGAGAGCGGCCUGAUUGGGAAGAAACACUUAGUGCAAUGGCACGAGGAGCAGAUGUUCCAGAGAUUCCUGGAGAUCUUACUCUUAAGACGUGUGGCAAUACAGCGAGUAUGAAAGUUAAACAUGUGAAAAAGUCUACUACUCCAGGACUGAUGGGCUGUGACAACAUUCACAGGUUACCCUUCACAAAGGGUCACUUUCCGAAGAUGGCUGAAUGUGCACACUUCCAUUAUGAGAAUGUCGAAUUUGGCAGCAUACAGCUUUCACUUUCAGAAGAACAGAAUGAAAUAAUGAAAAAUGGCUGUGAAUCUAAAGAGCUGGUCUACCUCGUGCAGAUUGCUUGUCAGGGCAAAAGUUGGAUUGUUAAAAGAAGUUACGAAGAUUUUCGGGUACUUGAUAAGCAUCUUCAUCUUUGUAUUUAUGACCGACGAUUUUCCCAGCUCUCAGAGCUUCCCCGUUCUGACAGUCUUAAGGACAGUCCAGAGUCAGUCACUCAGAUGCUCGUGGCUUACCUGUCUCGCCUUUCAGCUAUUGCUGGCAACAAGAUCAACUGUGGGCCUGCCCUUACUUGGAUGGAGAUUGAUAAUAAGGGAAAUCAUCUUUUAGUUCAUGAGGAAUCAUCCAUCAACACUCCUGCUGUUGGUGCUGCCCAUGUUAUCAAGAGGUAUACUGCUCGGGCUCCAGAUGAACUGACGUUAGAGGUGGGAGACAUUGUUUCUGUUAUUGAUAUGCCCCCCAAAGUGUUAAGUACAUGGUGGAGAGGCAAGCAUGGAUUUCAGGUGGGACUCUUCCCUGGACAUUGUGUUGAGUUAAUUAACCAGAAAGUUCCCCCAUCGGUGACCAAUUCAGUGCCAAAACCAGUGUCUAAAAAGCACGGCAAGCUCAUUACUUUCUUACGAACAUUCAUGAAGUCUCGUCCAACGAAACAGAAGCUAAAGCAGCGAGGGAUUUUAAAAGAGAGGGUGUUUGGUUGUGAUCUGGGGGAACACCUUCUGAAUUCUGGCUUUGAAGUGCCCCAGGUUCUCCAAAGCUGCACAGCAUUCAUUGAGAGAUAUGGCAUUGUGGAUGGAAUAUAUCGUCUUUCUGGAGUUGCCUCCAAUAUCCAGAGACUACGCCAUGAAUUCGACUCUGAGCACGUCCCCGACCUGACGAAAGAACCUUAUGUUCAAGAUAUCCAUUCAGUGGGCUCCCUCUGUAAGCUGUACUUUCGAGAGCUCCCAAAUCCUCUGCUCACCUACCAGCUGUAUGAGAAAUUUUCUGAUGCCGUUUCAGCAGCAACGGAUGAAGAAAGGCUGAUAAAAAUUCAUGAUGUUAUCCAGCAGCUCCCACCACCACACUACAGAACACUGGAGUUCCUGAUGAGGCACUUGUCUCUUCUUGCGGACUACUGUUCAAUCACAAAUAUGCAUGCAAAAAACCUAGCAAUUGUCUGGGCUCCAAAUCUGCUUCGAUCAAAACAGAUAGAAUCUGCCUGUUUCAGUGGAACAGCUGCUUUCAUGGAAGUGAGGAUUCAGUCUGUGGUUGUUGAGUUCAUCCUCAAUCAUGUAGAUGUACUCUUUAGUGGCAAAAUCAGUGCAGUCAUGCAGGAGGGGGCAGCUUCUCUGUCAAGGCCUAAAUCCCUACUGGUUUCUUCUCCAUCCACCAAGCUGCUAACAUUGGAGGAAGCCCAGGCACGAACACAGGCUCAGGUUAACUCUCCAAUUGUGACUGAAAAUAAAUAUAUUGAAGUAGGAGAAGGACCUGCUGCACUUCAAGGGAAAUUCCAUACCAUAAUUGAGUUCCCACUUGAAAGAAAGAGGCCUCAAAAUAAGAUGAAGAAAUCUCCCGUGGGCAGCUGGCGUUCAUUUUUCAACUUGGGGAAAUCAUCAUCAGUCUCUAAGCGGAAGUUGCAGCGUAAUGAGAGUGAGCCUUCAGAGAUGAAAGCUAUGGCUCUCAAAGGUGGCAGGGCAGAAGGAACCCUUCGCUCAGCCAAAAGUGAGGAGUCUCUUACUUCUCUUCACGCAGUUGAUGGUGAUUCCAAGCUCUUCCGACCCAGAAGACCCCGAUCUAGCAGUGAUGCCCUGUCUGCCUCUUUUAAUGGAGAAAUGCUGGGGAACCGCUGUAAUUCCUAUGAUAAUCUGCCCCAUGACAAUGAGAGUGAGGAGGAGGUAGGGCUGCUCCAUAUUCCAGCUCUCCUGUCUCCUCAUUCAACUGAGGAUGUUGACCUGAGCCCACCAGAUAUUGGAGUAGCCAGCCUGGAUUUUGAUCCAAUGUCAUUUCAGUGUAGUCCCCCUAAGGCGGAAUCAGAAUGUCAGGAGAGUGGUGCCUCUUUUUUAGAUUCAUUAGGAUACUCCAAGGAUAAACCAUGUACCAGUAAAAAGGAUGUAGAAGCAGGUGGUAGCCAGUCUCAGACUCCAGGAAGCACAGCAAGUUCUGAACCUGUCUCUCCAGUUCAAGAGAAACUGAGUCCAUUCUUUACCUUGGACUUGAGCCCAACUGAGGAGAAGUCAUCCAAACCAUCCUCAUUUACUGAAAAGGUCGUCUAUGCUUUCUCUCCGAAGAUUGGACGAAAAUUAAGCAAAUCACCAUCCAUGAACAUAUCUGAGCCAAUUUCAGUGACUCUUCCACCUCGGGUGUCAGAAGUCAUCAGUACUGGCUCAAAUACUACAGCUCAGAAUGCAUCAUCUCCAACUUGGGACAAAAGCACAGAAGAAAGUGAUGUCACAAAUAGAUCCCCCACUCAGAUAGUAAAGAUGAAUACAAAUGAGAGAGAGGCCCAAGAAGAAUGUGAACCUGAAGUCCAGCCCCUGGACCAGGUGGCUGCUGAAGAAGUAGAGUUGCCAGGGAAAGAGGAGCGGUCUGUCUCAAGCAGUCAGAGUAAGGCUGUAGCUUCUGGACAGACUCAGACAGGAGCAGUUACCCAUGACCCCCCUCAGGAGCCUGUUCCUGUCAGUUCAGUCUCUCUUAUCCCACCGCCACCGCCUCCGAAAAAUGUCGCCCGAAUGUUGGCUCUAGCAUUAGCUGAGUCUGCGCAGCAAGCCUCCACUCAGUCACUGAAGAGACCAGGGACUUCUCAGGCUGGGUACACAAAUUAUGGAGACGUAGCAGGGGCUGCAGCUGAAGAUAAACUGCCCAGUCCCUACUCUAGUAUUACUCUAGAUAAGGCCUAUUUCCAAACAGAUCGACCAGCAGAGCAGCUCCACCUCCAGAACAAUGCACUGGGAAACUGCAACCAGCCUCUCCCAGAGACAACAGCCGUUGGGGAUCCCACCCAUUCCAAGGUAACUGAAUCUGGGGAGCAACUUCACCAAGUAGACCUACCAGGAAACCAUCCACAUCGAAACUAUUUAUCCGGGGACCCAGAAAAGGCCAGAAUUACUUCAGUUCCCUUAGCAGACUCAGAGAAGUCUGAUGAUAAUGUAGGUUUCCCCGAUGACCAGUCUGGGAAGACCACCAUGGCAACCAUCCCCUUUGUGGAGCAGGACCAGUCUGCACUCCAUUUCUACAGUGGGGAUCAGUCUCCUGCCUACCUUGGUGCAAGUGUGGAUCAGCCCCAUCACCCUUCAGAACUUUCGGACCAAUCUCCCAUGCCUCCAGAUUUGCCUAGAGACAAGAGCUGUCCUCCUUCUGGGUCCCCCGAAGAGAAUACCAGCACAGCCUACAUGACAGGGACUCCAACAACAGCUGAAAUAAGUACGAGGGACUCCAGCUGGGCUGUGGGUGAACAGCCUGCUGCUUCUGGGUUUGCUGUUGCCACCCUUCAGCGCACACACCGAAGUCAUCGCCCUCUCCCCCUGCCUCCUGCCCAGAGGCCCGCAGAGCAGCUGCCAGUCGCGGGGCAAGUACAAGCUGCAACCAGUAUAGGACUAAAUAAUUCCCACAAGGUUCAUGGAGUAGUUCCAGCUCCAGAGAGGCCACCUGAACCUCGAGCCGUGGAUGACCCUGCACCCAUCUUUGUCAGUGAUAGCUGUGCAGCUACUCAGUGUCCCAUGGCUACUACUGCUCUCCAGCCAGGCCUGCCUGAGAAAUUGCGGGAGAGUACCAGGGCCCCACUGCUCCAUGUGCGAGCUGAGUCUUUCCCUGGGCAUUCCUGUGGCUUCCCUGCACCAAUGCCCCCCACCAGAACAAUGGAGAGUAAGAUGGCUGCUGCCAUGCACUCCAACAGUGCAGAUGCCACUAGCAGUUCAAAUUACCACUCCUUUGUCACUGCGUCAUCAGCCUCAGUAGAUGAUGUGUUGCCUUUGCCACUGCCUGUCCCACAACCUAAGCAUGCUUCUCAGAAAAUAGCUUAUUCCUCCUUUGCUAGGCCUGAUGUCACCACUGAGCCCUUUGGUCCAGAAAACUGUUUGCAUUUCAAUAUGACUCCAAACUGCCAAUUCCGUCCCCAGAGUGUACCUCCACAUCACAAUAAAUUGGAGCAACACCAAGUGUAUGGUGCCCGAUCAGAGCCACCAGCCUCCAUGGGUCCUCGUUAUAACACCUAUGUGGCCCCGGGAAGAAACACGUCUGGACACCACUCCAAGCCGUGCAACCGAAUGGAAUAUGUUUCUUCUUUGAGCUCCUCAGUUAGGAAUGCUUGUUAUCCUGAAGAUAUUCCACCAUACCCUACCAUUCGGAGGGUACAAUCUCUCCAUGCUCCCCCAUCUUCCAUGAUUCGCUCUGUUCCCAUUUCACGGACGGAAGUUCCCCCAGAUGAUGAACCAGCCUACUGCCCAAGACCCCUGUACCAGUAUAAGCCAUAUCAGUCCUCCCAGGCCCGCUCAGAUUAUCACGUAACUCAGCUUCAGCCUUACUUUGAGAAUGGACGGGUCCAUUACCGCUAUAGCCCAUAUUCCAGUUCCUCUAGUUCCUAUUACAGUCCUGAUGGGGCCCUGUGUGAUGUGGAUGCCUAUAGCACAGUACAGUUGAGGCCCCUUCAUCGCCUGCCCAAUCGUGAUUUUGCUUUCUACAAUCCCAGGCUACAAGGCAAGAACUUGUACAGUUACUCUGGUUUGCCUCCACGCCCCCGGGCCAACGUGACUGGCUAUUUCUCUGGUAAUGACCAUAACAUAGUGAACAUGCCUCCACCUGCUGAUGUAAAGCACACCUAUGCCUCAUGGGAUCUUGAGGACAUGGAAAAAUACCGUAUGCAGUCCAUCCGGAGAGAGAGCCGUGCACGGCAGAAGGUGAAAGGGUCCGUUAUGUCUCAGUAUGACAACAUGACCCCAGCUGUGCAGGACGACCUGGGUGGGAUCUAUGUCAUCCAUCUGCGCAGUAAAUCAGAUCCUGGGAAAACUGGACUUCUCUCAGUGGCAGAGGGAAAGGAGGGGCGGCACCCAGCCAAGGCUGUCAGUCCUGAGGAUGACCGCUUCUAUAGGAAGCAUCCAGAGCCAGAAUUUGAUAGAGCCCCUCACCAUGGAGGGUAUGGCAGUAUGCAGGCAGAGAAGCCAACCCUUCCUCAGAAGCAAAGCAGCCUUAGAAACAGAAAGCUUCAUGACAUGGGUUGUAGUCUCCCAGAGCACAGGGUGCAUCAGGAAGCAAGCCAUAGGCAAUUAUGUGAAUCAAAAAAUGGUCCACCGUACCCCCAGGCAGCUGGCCAGUUAGAUUAUGGGCCCAAAGCAAUUCCAGACACUUCUGAGCCAGGCAGCUACCAUAACUCUGGAGGGAAAUACACCACAGGGCAGGAGUCCUUAAGAUUGAACCACAAAGAGGUGAGGCUCUCCAAAGAGCUGGAGAGGCCCCGAGCCAGGCAACCACCUGCCCCCGAGAAACACUCCAGAGACUGCUACAAGGAGGAGGAGCAUCUUACUCAGUCAAUGGUCCCACCCCCUAAGCCAGAGAGGAGCCAUAGCCUAAAACUCCAUCAUACGCAGAACAUGGAAAGGGACCCUAGUGUGCUGUACCAGUACCAAACGCACAGCAAGCGCCAGAGCAAUAUGACUGUUGUGUCCCAGUAUGACAACCUGGAGGAUUACCACUCCUUGCCCCAACACCAGCGAGGGGGCUUUGGAGGUGGGGGCAUGGGGACAUAUGUGCCCUCUGGCUUUGCCCACCCACAGAGCAGGACAUAUGCUACAGCGUUGGGUCAAGGGGCCUUCCUGCCCGCAGAGUUGUCCUUGCCACAUCCUGACACGCAGAUUCAUGCAGAAUGAGCCCCGGGAGCAAUAGAGUUGAAGCAGCCUCUGCUGGACAGUGGACUGUUCUAUUUUUUUCAAUAACCAAAAAUGAUUAAAAAAAAAAAAAAGCUACAAAACCCCCGACCACCUUAAAAAAGAAAAUAUAAUAAAAGUAAACAAAUCACCAU